UGUAGAAAACGUGAUGCUUUUCAGUUCUGUUCACAAAUUCCUCAUCCAGAUUUCAAGAUGAAGUUCUUGAUUCUUCUUCUGGUGACAGCAUGUGCUGCAAGUCCUCAAGAUCUGUCUGGUAAAAUGUUCAUCUUUCCUCAACAAAGUACCAGAGCUUACGUGAAGCUGAACACAACAGUAGACAGUUUCAGUGCUGCAACUGUCUGCCACAGAUCCUUCACUGACCUGAAAAGAGAUCACGGUCUUUUCUCACUGGCCACAUCUAAUUCUUUCAAUGACUUCCUGAUUUUUUAUGACUACACCAAUCGUGAGAUGGAGCCCCAUGUCAGGCAUGGUAAGUCCGAGUAUGGAGGGCUGGACUACAAACCCAAUGUGUGGCACUCUAUUUGCACCACAUGGGACUCUCAGUCUGGACUGAUUCAGCUGUGGUUUAACGGGCUGCCUUUGACGAAGAAAUAUGUCAGCUCUGGAUCAAACAUCAGUGGACGUCCUAUAAUUAUCUUGGGACAGGAGCAGGACGCCCACGGUGGAAAGUUUGACAUUAAUCAGUGUUUUGUUGGUAUGAUGGCAGAUGUCCACAUGUGGGAUUACGUCCUUUCAGCCUGUGAAAUCCAAAAGUAUGUGAAUGAGUUAAACUUCACCCCAGGCAAUGUGCUCAACUGGGGGGCACUGGACUUCCAGAUUAUGGACAGAGUGCUGAUAGAGAGUAAACAAAUGAUGUGUGUUUAAAGUUUGAAACAAAAUGUUUGACAUUGUACAGAGUCAAAUUAAACUGAUGAAGCUUCUGCUAAUCACAACACGACACACUCACCGUUAGUCUGUCACACGGGCCAUGCUAUCAGACUUUAUUCUCUGAUUUGGCUCUGAUAUGUGGUCCUAGGCUCACUUCCUCAACUCUAUCCAUCUCCAUCACCAGCACCACCAGUGUCCAGGCUCCAGGGAACUUUUCUCAAUAACAGUAACUCCUAAUUCCUCCAAUCACUUCGCAUGGUCAAGCUCCUGCCGGCAUCUAAGUGCCAAAGUCUAUUUCUUGUUCCCGACAUUUUCAUAUACAUAAAAUGCAAACUUCCUCCAUUUCUCUUCAUUCUACUUUAAAUCUCUCCUGAUUGAAACUUAUAUCUACAAUAAAUGGUCUAAACUUUGGUCUUAUCUGUAUUGUUGCUUCACGUAAGAGAGGUAGAACUUUUCUUGUGUGAACUUCAUUUUGUGAUUGGUCACCUGAUCACAGUGCUUAUGGAAAUGACACAAUAUCUUUUACCUAUCUUUAUCUUUUUUCAGUUUCUUUAUGAAUCUAUCAUGAAAUAAAAUUAAGUGUAAUAUGAAAGCUGA